UCCCAAUGACUAUACGGGGGACCGCUGUCAAAACUCCGUCAUGGCCGGUUUCUACAAGCUUCUCAGAAUUGAAUUUAUGGAGGCGGAGGAGCUCUACCAGAGGCGGGUGCUGACGAUCACAGGCAUCUGUGUGGCGCUGCUGGUGGUUGGCAUCGUUUGUGUGGUGGCCUACUGCAAAACCAAAAAGCAGAGGAAGAAGAUGCACAGUCACCUACACCAGAACCAGAACCAGUGUGUGGAGCAGCCCAACCGCAUGCUGGCCAACGGGCCCAACCACCCCGGGCCCGGCCCCGGCCCCGAGGAGAUCCCCAUGGUCGACGUGAGUCAAAACUGUAGAAAUACACACCAGAAUCAGUACAUCUCCAAGAGCGUCCCAACGACAGAGUGUGUGAUCAGCCACGGAGCUGAGGGUGCAGGAAACUACGCAGGCAGCAGAAUGUCAACCCGCUCCCACCACUCAACCACUGCCUCACACGCUUCCAGACACGAGGAGCAGACGUGGAGCAUGGAGCGAACAGAGAGUAUGAACUCAGACUGCCAGUCAGGAGGGCUGUCCAGCUCUGUGGGAACCAGUAAGUGCAGCAGCCCGGCAUGCAUGGCGAGGAGGGCCACCCACUGGGGCUGCGGGGAUAUGUCCGGGCCAGGAAUGCAGUACGGGGAUUCCUACGAUUCUCUAAGAGACUCACCUCACAGUGACAGGUAUGUGUCGGCGCUGACCACGCCAGCACGCCUGUCUCCGGUGGAGUUCCACUAUCCCCCGUUGCCGCCCCAGGUGCCCACCUUCCAGAUCACCUCGCCCAACACAGGCCACGCCCUCUCGCUCCCCCCCGCCGCUGCAGCCUACCACAGAGAGGAUGACCAGCCGCUGCUACGAUGCCCAGAUGAUGGAAGUUUAUACAGGCAGCCUCGGCGUCCGAGGCGACCUUACCUGACGGAGAGUACAGGAAGUCUACCGUCGAGCCCCUAUCGACUCCCUGACGAGGAGGCCUACGAGACCACGCAGGAGUACGCCUCUUCGCGAGAACCCAUCCGCAGCCGGCGCCGCCCGCGACGUAACCGCCUCAACGGACACAUCUCGCAGCGUUCCACAGGCCUACGGGACUAUAGCUCGCAGAGCUUCAGCCAGUCAGAGGAGGAGGAUGAAGAGGAGGAGGAGGAGGAGGACACUCACGGGGAGAGCACACCUUUCCUUAGUAUGCAGAACAUGAACAUGGACCCACCCUUAACCGUGCCGGGUUACCGCUCGUCCUCUGGUGCGGACACACGGACUCACCGCGGGCUGAGUCGGCCGGGGACGCGCAGCAACGGGCAAAGCCGCGGUGCCCAGUCGCACCGCUCCAAGGCUGACAACAUGCCCCUUUAAGACUCAACCCCCCCCUGCCACCACCCACCCCUCCACCUCACACACUCCCCCUCCUCCUACACACAACCAGUGGACUAGAGACCUGCACCUAGGAGAAAUAUUUUUAUUUUGUAUAACAGACAGAUAUUCUAAACAAAUGAAAUAUUUAUUUUCAUUUCAGCAAAAAUUGUCUACUAGCUAACAGCAAAGACUUUUUUUAUAACGGGGGGGAAAUAUUUAUAUGUAAAGUUUUUUGAUUUACAGCAUUAUGAGAGAUGAAAAAAUAAGAGAAUUACGUGCCAAUUUUUUCACAAGUUAGAUAAAUAGAAUAAUAUUGUGGUGCCUUUUGCUGUAUGCUGAAGUCGGAGGUCCCAUUGAGUUUUUGUAGCCUUUCUUAUAAAGACUCCUCGUUUUUUAUAGAGACCAACCCUCUUCCUCUUCCUUUUGCUUUGGUUUUUUCUCUGAUUUGGGAUCUUCCUCUUUUUUGAACUGUGAUCUGAUUAUGUCAUCAUGCAAUAUUGAUUCCUCCUGUGUUAAAGGUGUCUGUUUACAUGAGUAUGAUCCACGCGAUGCGCUCGUUCCACAGGGACAUUAGUCACUGACGCAACCGGAAGUGAAGGGUAGUUUUUCUCGGAUGAUUUUCGGAUGAAUCCCAUCGGCCAUUCAUGUUCUUGUUCGCUGCCUGUCAGUCAUUUGUUGUUAUUUCUGUGAAAACAAGAGUGUUAGGGAGUUGUUGAGGGGAAGUAAUUUCAGAUUCCUGUGUAGGUGUUCAGGGUGCUGCCAUGACAUUGGUGGUGGAUGAUGUGCGUGUGUGUUUGUGUGCCUGUAUGUACAUGAAGCCUCAUUUGGUUGAGGCCUCACCUUGGAAAGUGUUUGCUCCUGUCACCAAUCCUCACGCUGCCAGAAGCUCCAUUGCACUGUAAGACCCUCCCUCCGUGAGCAGCCAUUGGCCAGGGAGCUGCCAAUCCAAACCUAACCAAUCCAGUUGUAAUCCAGCCUGACUCUGGCCUCCCAUGGACUGCCCAGCCCACCCGUUUCCUAUGCCAGCAGCUUAGAGCCGCACUGUGUCUCAGGACUUCCCCAUCACAUCACCGCCAAGAGACUCAAAGCAGAGAGCGCACGUCCAUCCCAGUCACAGUUCAGUCCGCAGGCCAGAUCCACAUCCCCUCACUCUACUUCCUGUCCGUCCGUCCGUCAGGUUUUUUUGCGUUCACUCGUGGCCACGAUUAAAGGAGCGUAGGAUUUAAAAAAAUAAUAACUCUUGGAAUCAGAAGGGAGAUUCAGUUUUUUACUUUGUGUGUGUGUGUAAGUGGGCAUGUGUGUUGCUGAUGAUGAAAAAAGAUGCAGAAAACUCAUCUGUUCACUAGGUUCUAGGGGCGUAGCUAGGAAUUAUGGGCCCCUUGAGAGGAGGAUAUUGCUCUGGGUCCCCUUUUUUUGUUUUACUUAUACAAAGCUACUACUUUUUGAGCUCUCUCUAGCUGUGGGCGCCAUGGAAUCGCCUCCACCUUUCACCCCCUGCAGCGACGGCACUGCUCUGACGGGAAAAAGCGGGUAGAGAGCUAGUUUUUUUCUGAGACCAAUUUUACUUUUUGUUUAGCUCACAGCCAAACGGUGGUAUAUGAUAAUACUGAUUUCUGCAUUUUGCAUUCCUAUAUCUUUUAUUGAUUGAACUUCUUUUGCUUGGUCAUAUUGACUGAAUGAUCUGUUAUCUGUCUGUCUCUGUCUGUCCCCCCUCCACCUCGCAUCGCCACUCGCCUCUCCACGUCUUUCUCACCCGCCUUACAGACCUUCAGAAGCAACUAGCAGAUGAGUUUAGGCCCCAUGCUGAACAGCACAGUAACAGUAGGCUGAUUACAUCAGAAUCUCCACCUCCGGGUUUAGACAUCCUUUCAAGCUCACUAAGGAUAGUGAAACUGUGUCAGAUACAAUACGUGUCCCUAUUAGAGUUCAUUUCCAAUUUAUUUUGUUGUUUUCUUUUUUCACACAGGAGAUGCAUGGAUCACAGAUAAUGAAAUUAUCUUAAAAAUGGCGACCAACCCCUCAGGGGAAAUCAUGCUAGACAUUUAUAUUUAAAAAAAAACAUUAUUUGGGUUCACGACCCAAAGUUCUGGCUAGUUUUGUCUUACUAUCACUGUAAUCAAUCUGGGAUUUGCAAUGUGGAAAUAGUGCAAGUGAGGGUAGUGUGCUUCUAGAGCUAGUUGAAUUGUUAACACCCCCCACCCUCUUUCUCCUCCCCCUGCACUCCCCCCUUUGCCCCCUUUACAUGCACACAUACAUACCACACACCAGACACGGCUCACACAUUAUGAAGCACACACUGAGACACGCA